AUGCUUUCCUCGAUGAAGAUGAAGCAAAAGAAGAAAGAAGAAGAAGCUAAGAGAAAGAUUCUGCUAAGAAAGAACUGUGCUGAAUCGUCAUUAAAUGGUGCUAUUGUUGUUGCUGCUAAUGAUGAAGACGAUGAUGAAGGCAAAAAUGUGAUGACCACUGCAGAUAAAAUAACAAAAGUUUCAAACGAACAGUUUCUGCACUCAAAUAUUGGACUUGGUGAUAACGGUGAUUCAGUUACAGUUACAGCCGCAGCCGCUGCGGCAGCAGCUGCCACUGCCGUUGCGGCGGCGGUUGGCGUUGUCGUCUUGGCUCUGUAUGGUGGCAUACCAGGACAGGAUCUCCUGGCAGGCUCGACAUCGUACUUGAACGAUACUCUUCAACGUACUCAACAAGCACAGUGCAUUCGACGGACUGGUAUUGCUGCCUUCACGGAUAUGGUUCAUCUGCAACAAACAAAUACAGCGGCUUUUGGCUGUAACAACAGCAGCACUGAAAUUAUCCCGCCGAUGAAGAUCACAGUUAUAGCCCCAAGGUAA